AUGCAAACAAGUUCAUCUAACUCUCCGACACCAUUGCCUAUCAUCGCCCGUGACAACGAAGAGGAGAACCAGCAACCCAGCAAGAUCUCUGCCUAUUAUUCCCUCGUCUUUCCCCAUUUUACCUUCUACAUUCAGACUCUUUCAGUCACUAUCGGUCGGCGAUGUUCUCCCCCUGCUCAACCUUCAGCUUCUUCGUCUACGGCGUCAUCGGAUCCUGUACAAGUAGACGUUGAUUUGGGUGCACUCAAGAGCGUGUCGCGACUACAUGCAAAGAUUGAGUAUGAUCAGGACCAGGACCGCUUCGUAUUACAGGUAGUAGGUCGGAAUGGGGCGUGGGUGGAUGGUGUAUGGCAGGGAAGCGGUACUAGAGCGCCUCUAGGAGAACGGUCCCAGAUACAGAUUGCUUCACGAAUAUUUCACUUUGUUCUUCCGCCACCGCCGCCUCCGGCAGACUCACCCAGCCCUCCGAGUGAGGAUCUAGUCUCUGAUUCACCAGCGACCGUGACGACCUCAACAAAUGCUAGUAAUCAGCGCGUCAGAUCCCCUUCACUCGAUAUUACCUCUAUCUCUCCUCCAGAUUCAUUACCCGAGUCAGAUCCACCGGGGGAUCCUCUAUCCGAAUCAAAGCAAUCUACACCCCCGCCACCUCGGCCACGCGCUAUUCCUAUGGUCUCAGGCAAGUCGAAAACAUCAAAGAAGAGAAAGAAACGAGACUCAGAAUCUACUACCAUCGAUAUUCUCUCCCCCGAGCCCUCUCAACUCUCAGCUCAACCUCUACCAAGAGCAGGAUCGUCGGCGAAGCAGUCGAAAUCCGAAGAGUCAAAACCAGCAUUGAAACCAGGCGAAGAGAUUCCAGUUAAACCCACCUUGACAUAUGCCCAGCUUAUCUUCCGUGCUAUCAAGGCACUCAACGGGAAGGCUACCUUGACCGAAAUAUGCGAUUGGAUAGCAGCGGAGUUCGGUUAUUAUCGAUACGUCGAACGCAACACUUGGGCUAGUUCAAUCAGACACAAUCUUUCCUCUGGACGCGCUUUCAAGAAGAUGGAGAGAUGUGGAGGAGAGCGAGGGAAGGGAUUCUUCUGGUCUCUCGAUGAAGCUCACGUACAUAUGCUGGAAGAGCAAGACGCCCGGCUUCUCAUGAAUGCUGCAGCGAAGAAAGGCGGCAAAGAUAAGAGCAAGGUCCUUGAGCCACCGUUGAAGAGAAGUGUGAAGGGGGAUACGAAAGGCGCACCUUUACCACCACCGUUAACCAACACACCGUUACCACUUCCCACUGCGAACAAGACUACUCAGGCGAACUUGGUCAAAUCGAGUAAGACUACACAAGAGAAGGCACCGGUCGGCCAAACCGGAGUGUUUGCAUAUCCUGGUACAGGUUACGCGACUCACCCACAUUCGACAUUGAGCCAAUCUAACCCAUAUGCGGUAUUAACUCAGCCGCCUUGGAGUAUGCACGGGAAGUUUCCUUACGGCUCGCCGCCCCAAAUGCCACAAAUGGUAAAAUCUGUAUCUCCCCGACCACGAAACCCUACUUUCGCUGCUGCAGUACCAGUAGCGAGCAGUACUGCUUCAGCUCCACCAGCCCAAAGCCAACAAUCCUCAUCUGUCCCAACUCCACCUCUGCAACAACCACUUCCACCCCCUCCCGUGAAACCCGGAUCUUCCUCUGGAACACCCGAGCACGUACCGCCGCAAGCCGUUGCGUUACCCUCUAUUCCCCCUGCCCUUGAAACGGUCAUCGUUCCGAUCGUCAUCUCCCCUCCUACCACUAACCCGCCAAAAGCACCGAUGCUUCUGCAGGACUCGAAGAUAAUUCUAGAUCCCUCCAUAUUUUCCGACCUUACUUCCGAUAUGCUGAGUGCGUUAGAGAAGUUAGGUGCGAGACAAGCCAUACAUGUACUUACGGGGCAUAUGACUCGGGUUUUGAAAGAGCGGGAAAAACGAGGGAAAGGGAAGAAAAAAGACAAAGAAGGAAAGAAAAGAGACAAGGAUAAAUCACGGAAGAAGGAUAAGGAUAGGAUGGCCGUUGACGUGACUGGUCCAAACACUGGAGCUGUGGGCACAGAGACGGCACCAACCCCUAUAUCCAGACCUGAGUCACCCAUCAUCGAGGUUGAUGAUGAUGAGGACCAUGGUCCCGCCACGAAGAGGCGGAAAAUUGCCAGCGAUUCUGGUAUCGGCGGUAGUUUACCAGUCCAGGUCCCCGGAUUGAAAGCGGUCUCUGCGGCUUCUUGA